AUCAGUUUGCCACUGCGCGUGUGAGCGUUGGCUGUGCGCAUUCGAAUUUAGAACAUAGUCGAGUGACGCCGCGCUUUUUUGCCGUGCGGUUCGAAUUUUGAAAGUUUAGUUUCGAUUCGUGCGGAAAAAGUGCGUCAAGAACAAAAAUUGUGCAUCGUUUUCUUGAUUAGAUUUGGUGCAUAUUUUUGUUUGUGAUAGUGAUUUGUAGUUCGAAAGCCACAUCACAAUGGAUUUGGAGUUUCGGAACUUAACGUAUACGGUGCAAAGCCGAAUUGCUAGAGGGCCCGGUAAACAAGUGAUCAAAGGCGUCAGUGGCAGGUUUAUGUCCGGGCAGCUUAUAGCGAUUAUGGGACCUUCGGGUGCCGGCAAGAGUUCUCUUCUAAACGUUAUAUCAGGAUAUAAAUCCGGAGGCAUCACAGGCGAGCUUCUAGUAAAUGGGCAGACUCGCGACGAGCAACAGUUCAAGAGGUCAUCAUGCUACAUCACACAGGAGGACCUACUCCAGCCACUGCUGACGGUGCGUGAAGCUAUGGACGUAGCAGCCAAGUUCAAACUGCCUAAAGGUGCAAAGAGUCCAUCAGAGGACAUAUUACAGCAACUUGGCUUGUUGGAACAUCAGAAUACAAAGACUGAUCAACUUUCAGGAGGACAGAAGAAGAGGUUAGCGAUAGCUCUAGAGUUAGUGAACAAUCCACCAGUAUUCUUCCUGGACGAGCCGACGAGUGGUCUGGACAAUGUCACGACAGUGCAGUGCAUCAAACUACUCAAGCAGUUGGCGCGACAGGGCAGGACUGUGGUUUGCACCAUUCACCAACCAGCAGCAUCGCUAUUUGAAUUAUUUGACCAGGCCUACAUAUUGGCGGACGGUCGGUGCAUCUACCAGGGCGACACGGACGCGAUGGUGCCACACUUGCAGAGCGUCGGCCUAACGUGUCCGAGGCACCACAACCCCGCAGAUUUCAUUAUAGAAGUAACGGAAAGCUCACAGAACAUACAACUGCUGUGCGACGAAAUAUUGAACGGCAAGAUGUAUAAAUCGGCAAAAUUUGACACCGUACCAAGCGAACCAAUAAACAACAUGCACCUAAAAGUAUGCUAUCAAACAGAAGAUGAAUCGGGGGAGACAGAAAUAGUAUUAUCAAAUGAGAAAUGCACGUAUCAAGUGAAACAGUAUAACGAAGUCAGUAAUUCCACGACGUCGUUAAGUCAAAUGUCACGAGACGAUUCGUCGUUGGCAUGGAUGAAGAUUCAGAAGACAACGUGUCGGUAUCCGACGACGUUCUUCCAACAGUUCUCAAUAUUGCUUGUCAGAAUGAUGGUACAAAUAUCGAGGAAUCGGCAAGCUCUAUGGAUACAAACGGUACACCACGUGAUGUGCGCCAUCCUCGUCGGGCUCUGUUUCUUCGGCACGGCUAACGACGGCACGCAGAUGUUCAACCACCUCAAGAUGUGCGUCGGGCUGGUCAUUUUCUUCGCGUACACGCAGAUCAUGGUUCCGGUAUUGGUUUAUCCCCAAGAAGUAAAACUGGUGAAAAAAGAACACUUCAACGGCUGGUACAGUUUGCCGCCGUACUACGCCGCGUUGACAGUGUCCAAGCUUCCCGUGCAGCUGACCUUGAACAUGGUGUUCUGCACCAUCGUGUUCUUCAUGGUGGGAGUGCCCUUCGACGUCACCAGGUUCAUCGUGUUCUGUGUGAUUGGCAACGUCGUGUCUCUGGUGUCUGAGGGCAUUGGGAUGGCUAUCGGAUCUGUGUUUAGUGUCAGGAAUGGCUGCGCCAUCGGGCCAGCUGCGAUCGCGCCGUUCCUCGGCCUAGCCAUCUAUGGAUUUGACUUCGCCCACAAAAUUCCCCUCAUCAUGAACAUCAUCAUGAAGACAUCCUUCAUCAGGUGCGGAGUGGUGGCAAUGAUUCUCACAGUAUUCGGCUUCGGCAGGAAAAGCCUCGACUGCAAAGACAUGUACUGCCAUUUCGCGAAACCUGACGUUUUAUUAAAAUACUUAGACAUUGAAAACAGCUCAGUUUGGUUUGAAAUCCUGAUCAUGGUUAGCAUAAUGGUUGCCGUCAGAUUUCUGUGUUACAUGGGGUUAAGAUAUCGUUUCGCUACAUGAUUUUGUUUAGGUUAUAUAAGUGAUUAAAUUGAGCUGAGCCAAAUUAAGCCCUGUGUAAUAAAGUAUUACUAGAUGAGUAUGAUUUUAAUGCUUUAUUUGUUGAAUGUUUGUUAUUUAAUUUAUGAUAACAAUAUCUUAUCAUUUUCAUAUGAUUAGUAUGUAAUCAAUAUGUUUUGAUACAAAUAAAAAUGUGUGAUGUUUUUUGUCUUAAAAAUGUCUAGGUAUAUAAAAUUAUGUGGCUGGAAAAAAUUACAAGAUUUGCUACAAUAAAAUGAAAUUCCCAAUGUUAUUUAUUUUGAUACUAAUGUUUGUCUACUGUUUUGGUGCCAGUACAAAUAAUUGUAUUUAAAGUUAUUACUAUCACUUUUAGGUGAAAUAUUCAGCUGUAAUUGUGUAUCGCUAAGAUAGUAUAUUUAUAGCCAAAGACACGUUUAACGAUUUACAAGAAUACAUCACUUGAAUACUAUUAACUUGAUAUAUAUUUAUGAAUACAUUUUUAUAUAUUAACUCCGGAAUUGUAUGCAAUUAAAAUGUGAUUUGAUGCAUUCCAUUAAACAUUUUUAAAAUUUGUAAUCUAGUACAUUAUUGAGAGUUACUUUUGUAUCGAUGUUAUAUGCAAUAGGAAAUCAAUAAAAUAUGCAUAAAAUGCAAAAUAUAUAUUAAAAGACUAGCUGACCCGACGAACUUCGUACCACUUUAGAAUUUUCCAAACAAUAGUGUCACAUACUGGAUCCAGUGUGUGAGGGGAGACUCAUGCUCAAUUGUGAGCGAGGAUGGGUUGUUAAUAAAAAAUAUAUAUAAUUCUGAUGAGAAGUAUAGUUGGUAAAUCUGUGGGGUUAUGGGGGUAUCGGUAGAAAAUAGGAAAAUGCCUUACUGUCUUUAAUGUGAUACAUUUUAGAUAUAUUCCGGGUUUGGCAGAUUCCAUAAAACAAUGUGCUUUAAAUUCCCAUAGCAUUGUUGAUAAUAUAAUAUUUAUAAUGUUUAAAUUAAGUAAUUAAGUUUAUAGGUUAAAGUGCCCAUCUACUUAUCAUUGAAAAUUAGAAUUUAAGUAAUUUCUUUUCAUAUUUUGAACCACCUUGGUUCUUUUAUGCAUUUUAAUAUGUUUAAAUUAAUUUUGUAUUCGUGUAAAAAAAGUGCAUUUGAGAGUUGGGAAAUCUAGUAGAAGUCCGAUUUUUUUAAUUAUGUGUAAACUAGUUUAAUAAUAGCGGACGUUUUACACUAUUUGCCUACUUUAAUAAUGCUAAUUACACAAAUGCAAAAUUGAAUUCAACUUAUCUAGUAUAAUUAAGAACAGUUGAGUAUUUUUAAGAUUGUAUAUAGCCUACUUAUUUAAAAGAAAAAUAGAGUUUUUACGUUUCUUAAUAAAAACUAUAAUAAACAUAAAA